GUGUUUUUGUAGAGAAAUCGUAGAAGUCACGGAAAAGAUUAUAAAACCAAAAAAAGUUAAAUUAAAAUUUAAGUGUAUAAAUUAAUAAACUAAAAACAAAAUGUCUAUAUAUUAUAGUGGAGCAUUAAAACGUUCACAAGGUAUUGUUUCGGCCAUUGGCAAAGAAUUGAAACGAGUAAAUCUAAAAGGAGUAAAACGCGUAACAAUCACAUUUGAUCCCUUUGCCGAAAAUGUUAAAGCAACGAGAGAAUUCUUGUUCCUAUUGUCUAAUCCCCGUGUGGUGGCCACAAAUCCCAAGUGUGUGGUAAAAACUGAUAUUGUAUGCGAUCGUCAACCAGCUGAAGUUAAAUUUUCUUUAAUCGAAAAGGCACAAGAACAAUUAAAAGUUAAAGACGUACGUUUCUUAAGCAACAAUUUAAAUACUUUGGAAAUCUUACAACUGUGUAAUAAACACGUGUCACCCUUAGCACCCGAGGAAGAGGAGAGAGGUAAAGUUUUAACUAAAGCUGAAAAGCAAAAACUAGCUGGUGGUGCUGGUGGCAAAAAAGCACAAAAGAAGAAGUAAAUCAAUCACAUUUUGCUGGGACACACAAGCAAA